UACUCUCCCUACAAACACAGUAUAUAUAAGUGUCUUGUUUUGUGAAGAUGUUGUACAAAUCAUGUGUGAGGCCUUCAAAGGUCAUCAUGGCAAAAUUUCUUACAUUACUGCUGUUGUUGCUAAUUCAAGUCUUUGCAUAUGGCUUCAGAUACGGAGCAGAUGGCUUGAACAUGAACUACUACUUGAUGAGUUGCCCUUUCCUUGAACCUGUUGUUAAGAACACUGUCAACAGAGCUUUGCUGGAAGACCCCACUCUCGCAGCUGCUCUUAUCAGAAUGCACUUUCAUGACUGCUUCAUUCAGGGAUGCGAUGGCUCGGUUUUGAUUGACUCCACUAAGGAUAAUACAGCAGAAAAGGAUUCUCCAGGAAAUCUGAGCCUGCGAGGCUUCGAAGUCAUAGAUGCUAUCAAAGAAGAGCUUGAAAUUCAAUGCCCUGGUGUGGUUUCAUGUGCUGAUAUUCUCGCCAUGGCUGCUAGAGAUGCAGUUUUCUUUGGAGGAGGACCGGUAUAUGACAUACCUAAAGGAAGAAAGGAUGGAAGAAGAUCCAAAAUUGAGGAUACUAUCAAUUUACCAUUCCCUACUUUCAAUGCCUCUGAGCUCAUUAGGUCGUUUGGCCAACGUGGUUUUUCUGCACAAGAGAUGGUGGCUCUCUCUGGGGCUCAUACACUGGGAGUGGCAAGUUGUGGUUCUUUCAAGAACCGGUUGAGCCAAGUGGAUCCAACUUUGGACACAGAAUUUGCCAAGACACUUGCGAGAACAUGCAGUUCUGGUGACAACGCAAAGCAACCAUUCGAUGCGACGAGUAACGAUUUUGACAACGUUUACUUCAACGCUUUGUUGAGGAGAAACGGAGUUCUUACAUCAGACCAAACACUGUACACUAGCCCCAAAACCAGGAACUUUGUGAACGCUUAUGCAUUCAACCAAGCCAUGUUCUUUUUUGAUUUCCAACAAGCUAUGGUGAAGAUGGGUCUGCUUGAUGUCAAAGACAAUUACAAUGGUGAAGUACGACAAAAUUGUCGCAAAAUAAACUGAAUGAUGAAUUCUGGCUUUGUGAUUGUUUUAGGUUUCAGGCAAACGUCAAUCCUUGCCACUAGUUAAAACUACAUGAUAUGCAUAUUAUAUGUUAUAUGCUUAAUUAGGUUGUUCUAUUUGGUAUCCCUUGGAUGUAUUGUGUUCAUAUUUAUAUGCCUGUAAUCCUAUGCUGGAUGUAGUACUUUUUAUGAGUAUUGUGGGGUUGCAAUUAGUAAUUGUGGGACUGCAAGAUGCAAUUGCCUCGGGGUCUUGUUCCUGAGUUGAAAUAUUUGAACUUCUAUACUUUAACCAUA